AUGGAUCCAUCCGCUGAAGAAAAGCGGAUCGCUUUGAGAUCGCUCGCACUCUCAGAGCGCCGUAGCACAUGGCCCGACGAGGACUGGUCAGGGAUCACCGACCCAAAAACACGUCGCAGGCUCCAAAACCGACUGAAUCAAAGGGCCCGACGACUACAGAAUAAGAAACCACCGAAUCAUCCAGGAGAGAACGCGACAACAGGCCACGGUAGCUCUUCCGUCAAUGACCAGCACGAGCCAUUCGCACCUGCUGCUGUUGCUCCGCAUAGCUCUGAAGCGCUAACAACGCCUAAUGCCAUCAAAGUCUCGUCCCUAGCAGAAAUCGAGGCCGUUCACAUCCUAGAGUCUAGCUUUCCAGCGACGAAAAUCCGAAUGGCCCGAUUAGAACAACUAGCUCUUCAGUACUACGCGACCGGCUCCCCCCGAACGGAUCUCCUACUCAACCUAAUGUCACUAAAUUUCACCCGGGCGUUGAUGGAAAACACAAGAAUACUGGGUCUCAGAUCCGACCAGCUCCACGAUGAUGCAAUAUCACCAUUCAGCAUUGCCGGCCCAUGGCAAAAUGACGCGCUCUACACCCUCCCAAUGCCCCUCCAACCCACCGCAAUCCAGCGUUCCAUACCCCAUCACCCAUGGUUAGACCUUCUUCCUGUUCCUCAAAUGAGGGACAAUUUAAUCCUUGCCGGUGAAUUCGAGGAGGAAGACCAGCUUUGUCUAGACAUGAAGGGCAGUGGAAGCUCGACGGCGGGAAGAAGUGGGAUUAUUGUGUGGAGUGAUCCUUGGGACCCGUCGGGGUGGGAGGUCACUGAGGCGUUCGUCGGUUCUUGGGGGUGGGUCAUUCGGAAUUGUCAUGAUUUGGCGCUUUCUACGAAUCACUGGCGGGCGAGUCGGAGCGAAAAGCCUCUAUUUCGCAUGGAUUAUCUGCCUCUGCAUUGA